AUGAAGUUGACACCAAUUUUAUUAUUUUUGCAAAUCUCCAUCUCAAAGGCAAGACCCUUUGGUAAUGGAGGAUUUUCAAAGGCUUCAAAAGAAAUUGGCUAUAGUGAAGACCCAUGGAAUUAUACUGUUGUAUCACCAGAUGAUAUGUUAGAUGACGAUUACAGUAAUCCUGGGAAUGGAAUGUUCAUAGCUGCAAGUCAAUUGGAAGAACUCAAGAAGCAAGAUCAACCAGAUUCAAUGGAAAGGAUACAAGCAGUUUUCAACACCCUCAUUGAUGAUGGGCACGGUACUUCUGAGAUCAAGUUUGAUUCUAUCUAUGAAGGCCCAUAUGGUGGUAGUGUUUUUGGAAUCACAGACGGAAGUACAGCUUUAUAA